AUGGCCACCAAGCAGAUCUACCGAUUGUCGCCUUCUCUGAGCAGCUUACUCGGCAAGAGCGAGCUCACACGCCCCGCUGCCAUUAAGGAGUUUUGGAACUACGUGAAAAAGCACGACCUGCAGGACCCGAAUGACGGACGAAUGAUCCAUCCCAACCGAGAGAUGAUGAACGUUUUCAAGGUGGAGGAGAUCAAAUUCACGCAGGUCAUGGGCCUGGUCUCCAAGCACUUGGAGAAGGUUGACCAGUAG